ACUACACACCGAGCGCACGGCGCGCACGGCGGGGAGCUGCCACUGCCAUGGAGAUGGACGAUAACGUAUCGCCAGAGGCAUUGCUCACAGGCCAUAGGAAGCUGAGGACCCCGGUACAAGUGGUCCCGUUCCCAGGGAGAAAACCCGUGGUUCCAUUCGAAGGCCUUGCUGACGAUGACGUGGAGGCUGACGGCGGAGGCGGUGCUUGGAGAAGAAACCAAGCGGUACCCGCGGGGGAAAGCCCACGCUGGGCGGGCGGCGCGGACGAUGGGCCUGGUGACAGCAGCGGACAUCGUCGGGAUAUUGUGCGGAACACGUCGUACAUGCCGCGCCACCACAAGUCGGAGGUUAACCCGUUCAUCAACCUGACGAUGCACCUCCCAUGGUACCAGUACCUUAAGAUGGUGAUCGUGGGCGUCACCAUACUGCCGUUCCGCAUCUUGCUCACCUUCGUCAACGUGUUCUUCAUGUGGUGCUUCGCCACUCUGGCUCUGGCGGGACUGUCAGAGGAGGGCCGAGAAAAGCCCUUCAGCAAGUGGCGGCGAGCGCUGAAGCACCCCAUCUGCUGGUGCCUUCGAUUUCAGUGCACGCUCUUCGGCUUUUGGUGGAUUUCGGUGAAGGGGGAGUGCGCCGAUAAGGAAGAUGCCCCGAUAAUUGUGUCCAAUCACGUCUCGCCUUUCGAGCCGUUCUACCUCGUCAGCAAGACGCAGGCCACUCCGGUGCAGCGGAUAGAGGAUUCGCGAGCACCGAUCGUGGGGACUAUCCAGAAGGCCAUGCAGAUUAUGUUUGUUGAUCGGGCUAACCCUGCGUCGAAGAAGAAAUGUCUCCAGACAAUCGAGGAGCGAAGCGACCCGGCGUCGACCUUCCCUCGGGUGCUGGUCUUUCCGGAGGGAACCUGCACGAAUCAGCGCGCUCUCAUCACCUUCAAGCACGGGCCGUUCAUCACGGGACAGAACAUCCAGCCGGUUACGGUUCGAUAUCCGCGGACGGACGGCCAUCUGGACCCGUCUUACCCUGCGGUAUCGCCGUCUCUGGUGGCGCUAGCUUUGAGGGUUAUGUGCCAGGUCUGGAACUGCAUGGAGAUCGAGUAUCUUCCUGUUUACGUGCCGACGGCGGAAGACAGGGAAAAUCCCACCCUCUUCGCUCAGCACGUUCAGGAAUACAUGUCGCGGAGCCUCGGUGUCCCCGCAACGCAACACGCCUUCGAAGACGUGGCCCUCCAGUUCCAGGCCAUGAAGAUGAACCUUAACCCAGAGGAUGCCGUGGUGGAGUGGAGUCGUGUCCGGCAGUCAUUGGUCGGGCUCGAUGCCAGUACGGCGAAGGAGUACCUCAUCUCGUUCUUCGAGAUGGACGGGGACAAAGAUGGGAGGCUUUCUCUAGAGGAAUUCUGCGCGCCUUGGAAGCGCAAGCGGGACGAGGAGGCGGAGAAACAGUCACGGGCCGCCAUGUUUCUCGCCGAGCAGAGGGAGGAGCAAAAACAAGCCGAACACGAGAAGCAGGAAGCGCUGGCGACACGGGCGACGGUGGCGUACACGGCUCCGGGGGGAGGGAAAAGGGGAAGCGGCCGCGAGGACGACCAACUCGGGCAGCAAGGGGGUGGCGUUAGUGCCCCGGAGGAAGGCAGGGGAGAAGGGGAAGGACCGGAGCGCGUUCCGUCUUGGUCGCUGAACCGCCCUGAAGAAGGUAUCCAUGGGCAAGGGGGGUCGCAUUCGGUUCCUCUUUGGCCUCCAGCGGCAGCAGCAGCACGUGGUCAAGGCGACGCUCUUGCCGCCAAAGAGGGGGGGCCCGAUGGCGCAAGGAGCACGAUCGGGAGCGGCGCCGAACCGUGCGCCGCGGAGGACGAGGAGGAGUUGGAGGAAGAGAUGGCGGCAGCCGCGGCGGCAGCCGCGGCGGCGGCGGGGCUGCCCGGGCUCCUCCGGGAGGAGGAGAUGGAGAGGGCCUACGAGAUCUUCUGCGGAGGGGAGGAGCUGACAUUCCAGAGAUUCUUGACCGGCAUCGGGGUGCUCGGGCUGAGGUACCUGGUUGUCGCAGGCGUACAUCUCGUUCGCCUCGUGCGUGGUCAAGAAGAGGCGGCCGCACACGUCGUUGUGGUGAAAGCUGCUCUGCCCCCGAAGCACAACCCGCAUCGACACGGCCGCGAACACCGACGACAUCUCCUGGAUGUACUGCGGGGUCUCUUGGUGACCGAGUUCCGCGGGAGGCACCGGCUCGAUUGUGUUGCCGGCCUCUGCCGAGCGUGGGGAAGAGGCAGGCAGGGGGUUGACGCGCGAGGGGAGGGUGGGACUGUUCAAGUUCAUUUAUUCUAUGUUGGAGGGGAGGCGACCGAGACCUCUUCCGCGGCAAGAGCUGGAGACUUUCAUCCGGCGGCUUCGACCAGACCUUACAGAGCGGCGAGGAGGCUCUUUGACAAGACGGCGGAGCUGAGGGGAGGCGGGGACGUUACGCGAGAAGGCUUCUUGGCCUUCGCCGAGCAGAACGGGUCCAUCCUCAGCGUGUACCAGGCCAUGCUGCUCAACGACAUCUUGGGCGUGGAGCGCGACAUCGUCGAGUUCGGGGUCGCUGCGGGCGAGGACUUCGGCGGGCUCGCCGUCGACACGACCGAGCUCGAGCGCACCCUUGACGAACUCGUCGGCCCAACCGCCCUCGUUUGACGCUCGCUCUUGUCACGCUCGUGAGGCGCCCCACCCUAUUUCACUCCUCCGCGCCUGACUGUUUGAAUAGAUUCCCGACCAGCUCGUACGGAAGGGCUGGGGUGCAGCCUGAACUGACCGCUGGGUGACGGAGUCGGCCGGCGGCCGAUUGGCGCCCUUGCUACUGGUGUUCUCGGAUACCGCUGGCUGGCGUCUGGCCCUACGAGAGCUAGUGAGCGCUGCCGUGGGGCUUGUUGGACGCCGUGUAGGUGGCGGCGGCGGCGGCGGCGACGCGCGUGACUUGCGGCGUGAGAUUUUGGUUGGUUCGCCAACGAAAGGGGGGCGGGACAGCAGUGAGCGGUAUUGGUGCUGGCGGUGGAAGUUGUAGCCUCAGUAGGUCGACACGACUGCGUGGGCUGCCAUUUGGUGACACUACUAUUAUUGUGAGAAUUGGCCAUGCCACGUUGCGGGUGUCCCAGCCGUCGAGCGCGAAGCUGGGCAGCGCAUGCCGUGAGCGGCGUGUGGGGGGCCAUCUGCCGCGUGUUUUUGUUGAUGUGGUUUUUGGCCCCGUCGUUAGGAUGGCGCGGCAAAAAAGUGUUGAACUACUUCGGCAAACCCUGAUAUGUUUUACGGGGUGAUGUGCCGACUGGUUUUUCAUGCGAGACAGGGCGGUGGCAGGUUCAUUGUGGCAGGGCCGUUGUCUUCGGGCGUUUGUUUGUAGCACGUGCCCACCAUACCUCCGCCGUAGAGCGGAAAUUCGGAUAAACGGAAAUUCGGAUAAACGGGGUUAGCUGGCGAAAUUUCGGAUUGAAGAGUUGCAUCGCAGCCGCGUGUGAAAUCAGUGACCGUUGCAGGAAUGUGAAUGUAUGCAGUUCAGUGUAAGCUUGUGGUUGAUGUUGUGGGUACACGAUGUGGUGGUUGUUCGUAGGACUUGAGGCGAAUUCAUAGAGCGGGUACACGAUGUGGUAGUUGUUCGUAGGACUUGAGGCGAAGUCAUAGAGCU